AUGGCCGCUCCAGAAGUGCGAAGAGGAGACUUCAUCUACCGAGACACGCUCUUCGUCGACCUAGGCCCCAACAGACGCCACCCGCGCGCCUCGGCCCAGGACCUCAAAGACCUGCUCCUCCCCUCCAGCAAACAGAAGAAGGCCGGGUCCGGGUCCGCGCCCAAGGACCAAGUCGCGCACUGGUAUGAAGCGCAGUUGAUCCACUACGGGCUGCCGCGCUCCAGGGAGAAGAAUACGGCGAAAGUGCGGCUGACUAAUGCUAUUGCUUCGAAGACGUUGGUUGUGCCCGAGGAGAUUGUCGCCUUGGAGGCGGAGAUGAAGAAGGAGUAUGCUAGUGCGUUGAGGAGGGCGAAGAGUGGUGGUGGUGGUGGUGGUGGUGGUGGUGGUGCUGCUGCUGCAGGCAAGGGCGAGACGAAGGUGGUGGAGAGCAAGGCGAAGAAGACGAGGAGCACCAGCAUGGCCACGACCACGACCACGAGCAAGACGACAGUGGCGCUGGAGAUUGACGGGAUUAAGGUCACGAUUGAUCGCGAGGCUAUGGAGGUGGCGAAGAAGAAGAAGAAGGAGACGCAAACGGGGAAGAAAUCGACGGCGGCACCAAAGACAGCCACGUCGAAGACAGCCACGUCGAAGACAGCCACGUCGAAGACAGCCACGUCGAAGACAGCCACGUCGAAGCCGAAGGGCGCAAAGGCGAGUGAUUCGAAGCCUAAACCUGCGAUGGCGGCGGGCAGUACGGCCCUUGCUGCGUCUCGUCCGAAGGCCCAGAUUCCCAAGCAGACUGCAAGACGAGGUGGUCAUUCAGGUUACAGCGUCACGGAUCGCCUAGUUCCAAGCUCCUCUCCUGAGAAGCCACGAGCCAAGCAGACCGCGCGACGAGGUAAAGACGACCCUUUCCAUCACAAUAACCGCGACCGCGGAGCACCAUCUCCCUCACAGACAUACAAUCGCACGCCGCUCUCUUUCCAGCACGAUGUCGACAUGGACGAUGCACCUCCCGCUUACGAGUCCAUCGACUUCAACCAGCAGCGAGAAUCGCCGACGUUGGAGGAUUUCCCGAUUUCAGGAACCUACUUCUUCCCAGGAAACUCAUUCCAGCCGUUCAGUCUCACGCUCCAGGUGGACGACCGCUCCCACCAGCUCUGGGGCCAGUUCCACAUCGGGUCCAAGGAAGGAGUCCUCUGCGUGAGCGACAUGUCGGACAUUUCCUGUGACCAGGCCGUCUCCUUCGGCUGGAGAUCGGAAGAUCAAGACGACGGCUUCAUGAAAUUCGGACGCGGAUGUGAUGGCGUGAUCGAGUUUGAUGGCGAAGGAUGGAUAAGAGGUCACUUCAACGGGUUGAUGUAUGGUGAGGAUGUGGAGUUUACGGGCGAAUUGGUCAAUGAUGAGGGUUUGGAUGUUAGGGAGAUGAAGCAUAUCUGGGAUGACUUUCCGAGGAAGGCGUACGGGAGGGGGUGA